GACCUCAGCACUGCACCGUCCACACCAUCGCCCACACCACACUGCUGCAGUAUAAAGCCUGCGCUCCAUCCUCAGCCUCCACCGCCUGGAUACACAACAACAAGACUUCUGCCCGGACGAGCCCUGAGGAGGAAAAAAAAAAAAAGGCAGACGACAAUGACCGACCUGGAGACGUCGAUGGCGACCAUCAUCGCGGUGUUUCAGAAGUACUCCGAGAGGGAGGGGGACAAACACAAACUGAAGAAGAGCGAGCUGAAAGACCUGCUCCACGACGAGCUGCCGGAUCUGAUGGCGCAUGUGAAAGACCAGGCGGCGCUGGACAGUCUGAUGGAAACCCUGGACGCAGACGGCGACGCCGAGUGCGACUUCCAGGAGUUCAUGACAUUCAUCUCCGUGGUUACCGUCUGUUGCCACGAGUUUUUCGAGCACGGGGACGAGUAGCAAGGCGGGACGGAGGUGAAGGGGGGGGGGGGGGGGGGGGGCUACAGUGAAUUGCAAAAAAAAAAAAGAAGCAGGAGCCCAGCGACGCACAGGCCUGUCGGUGCCCUCAGAGCAGCGCAGGGUGGGAAAACAAAAAUCCGGCCAGCAAUCUGGUUGGGCUGGCGGCUGGAGAUCAGUCCUGUCAAGUUUGGCUGAUAUCAACCAUGUUUUCAGAAAUCCUCCCACUUUCUACUCGUACUCUCAAUAUCUAGACGUUUUUUUGAAAGUUGUCAAUAUUAUUUUGGUGUAGCGUUUGUUAAACUCUCAAAGUCGACCAGUGAAUUAAAGUAGUUCAAAUGUUGGCUUUCUUUAACACUAUUGAGAUUUGUUGUACAUGUUAAAAAUCCAGGUGGCUCCACAUGGAUCAAUUAAUUAUUAAGAUCAUGGUUGACUCAAAUAUUUACAGAGACUAGUAAGUUAGUUGUCGUACUAAAAACAUUUGGUUGGUCGUGAAAUAGAUUUUUUUUUUUUCUUUUGAAAAUCUUAAGCCUAAAGAAUAACCAAUUAAAGAAAGAAAGUGGCAUGCAAGUGUUGUCGCGAUCUGAAAAACACUCGGAUCGGCUCGUAGACGUUUUUCUAAAUUUGUUGUUUUGAGUUUUAGCCGGUCCAGCUGCUAGUUUGGUUGAAUCCAGUUAACCCCUUUGUUCAGUUUUUAUUGUAGCUGCCCCUUGGGCAGAAAACCAAAUCAAUGCCUGGGAAAUUUUUGAUGUCUGUAUUAACAAUGAGGCCCGUGAAAUAGUUAGAGUGGCUGACAAUUUGCCCGAUCUGUGCUCGGUAGUAUUUUUUUUGUAUAGAAAAAUAUUUUUACCUCAUAUUUAGGUAACUGCUAAGCGAGUAAUCAACAGUUAUUCGAGUCAUUUGACUUUCCAAAUGUCAAGUUGGCUGCUGAAAUAGAAUCAGAAAAUGUUGGCGCUUAGUAGCCGCUGUCGCCUGUAGACGAGAUGAGUCGAGUUUCCCUCCCUGCUUCUGCCGCAGGUUUGAUCCUGAUAGAGUCCAGUGCAGUAUAAACUUUUAAACAAUCUAAACAACAACAAAAGAGAACUCUCUCCAUGCAGAGAAAAACAUAAAUCCUAGCUCUGAAAGUGUUGAUCGAAACAGCGUGGAGGAGGAGAGCCUGUGACGAUGGUGUUUAUUUUGAAAUGUGGAGCCCGGUUUGGUUCUGGGAUGUUGGCGACAUGAAAUGAAAGGGAUUAAAUUAAUGUGUCACUGA